ACAGCAGGCGUUCAUCGAGGCUUCCUCAGGAAAUAUGGGGGGUUUAUGUUCAAACAGUGGAAGGAGAAGUAUAUCGUGCUGACCCUGGAGGGAAGUUUGUUGGUGUGCCGAGAUGCAGAGUCCCCUCCAGACCAGGUGGUUGCACUACAAACCAACUGUGAGAUGAUUGUAGAGGGACGAGAAAUCCUGGACCUGCCUAAGUUGCCUCCAGGGGGCAGGAGGGACUGCUGCUUCGCCCUCAUCCUGCCACAAAACAAAUUCCUGCUGCUCCUCACUGACAAUCCUGAUGACUGCAAUCUGUGGCUGAAUUUGAUCAGGAAAGUGAGAGAGGGUGUUAUGUCACCCCUGACCAUUCAGAGACAGUGCAGCAUCACUCCCUGUAUCACCGACAGAGACCCCCUGCCUGACUCCUCCAGUGAUAAAGACCCUGGGUCCCCGAGGUUUUGUGAGGGCACGCCUCCUUUGUCUCGAGUCACUGAACGGGGAGGUUCAUUCAGAGACAGAGGCCAAAACCAAGCCAGUGUACCACGACGGCCUUUUCGCAGUGUUUCUGUGGCCCCCCCUCAUCGUGUGUCUGAUUGUCUUCGCCAUGGCAACAGCAGCGAUGCACGGGCGGUGCGGGCAGUGUGCCUGCUGAUGGGAGGGGCAGCGGCCUCUUCUGCCCUGGGCUACCUCAACUCCUGCUCCCCUUCUUCUCCCCUUGCCAGCAGAGCCCCAGAGAUCGCUCAUGGCGCAGGGGGCUUCUCUGAGCUCCCCGCAGGAGGCUCUUUCCAUGCCUGCAGCCAGGACGUAGACUCCCCUCACUUCAACAGCUUCGACUUUGAAGGAGACUCCGACUUCGAUGCAUUUGACUGUGGAGGAUUUGCGUUUUAG